UUUACGAAUCUAUUUUUCUAAAAAUCCUUGCGCAUCUUUUAUCGCGCGUCAUUUAUGUCAAAUCGCGGUUCAUUCCGCUCGUUCCUCAGUUGCAUUCUCACUUUGCGGCGCGAAUGAGAACACGCGCGAGAUUUGUAUCGAUAUCAUGCCGAUGCGCUUCUUUUCCCGACACCGUCAAUCGCGUCGCACGACCGAGAUCCAAUUCUGAAUGUAAAAUGCUUCUCCUGGAAGAGUAUUCCGAGUUAGUCGAGCGAGAUUCCGCGGAAAUAUCGUUUUUAUGGAAAGGCCUGCAGAUGCUCGCCUGUUUAUUGAGUAUCCUGACUGGAUACAGCUGCGCUAUUUUAUUCUACAUAUUAUGGGUAUUUCUGUACUGUAAUGUAUUUGAAAAUAUUUUUGGCGGUCAUUGUCCUCUCUGGGCAAAAUUGGAUUCAUUAUCUAGAACAGUGAAUUCUGCAGACGAGCAUCUUCAUGAUUUCACUAUUGUUCAACUAAACGACACUGAUUGGAAACGCUAUGUUGUUAGCUAUGAUUACAAAAAACAUUGCGAAUUUUAUUUCGCCGCGUGCCUACUGUCUUGCAUAUUCGGAACUGUGUGGUUAACAUUGUUUUUUAUGUGUGGCAAAGGCGGCUACGAUGUUAAAACUUUUACAGCUCCUUGGAGAAUCGUCGUUCCUGCGUUACUUUUUAAUUUUUGUCUCACAAUAAUAACAUUGUAUGCAACAUAUACGAUGAAAAAAGGAUAUCAACAAUUUAGUAAAGAUCUAAUAUUAAUUUUCAUAAAAAUUACAAAAGGAUAUACAUCUACAUUAAAUCUUAAGUAUGUAUAUUUUAGCCUAUACUUCUUCUGCUAUUUCAAGACUGUAUCAUGGAUAAUGACGUGGAGUUGGAUAACAGGAUUCAUGAUACUCUUUGUGCGUUUUAUAACAGUCAGUGACUUCAGACUUUUAAAAAUUCGCGUUUUUAAGAUUCUGCAAGAGCCAAUUGAAACUCAAGAAGAGAAGGAAAAACAAUCGUAGUAUGCGGAAUAAAAAAUUA